CAGGAGGGACAACAUCAUCACAAAAGAACGCAGUUUUCGUCCGCGCCUCGUUCCUGGAUAAUUUGAGAAGUUAUUGCGGCGAAGCUCUAUCGAAGCAGGUGCAGCUGAUGCGUGACACAACUCCAAAAUCGGUGCCAACAUCGCUUCACGAGAACUGUGUGGCCGCGUUUGCCGUGGUCGUCGGAGAGUUCCAGAAAAUCUACGGUGGCGCAGCGUCGAGCGGCGCAUCAACGACGAGCCAAAAAAUCAUCGCAGGAGCAGCAGGUUCAUCUAAUAUUCUCAAAGAGGAACAACAAGCAUCUCCCGCCCCCGGCGAUGACUCUUCAAGCUCAACAACUCAAGAGCCCUUCCGUGUCAUCCUUCUCCGCACCGCGAUGCAGGUUCUCCAGGACACCAUCCAGACCACAUUGACGAGAGAUCCCUCUGUUUCCCACAAAGCAGCGAAACUGCAGCUGGAAACUGAAGAAGCGAAUCGGACCGGGAAGCUCGUUUCUUGUUCCACCGCGGCGGAAAAGGCCGAUCUGGAGGAGGAAAACACAACCACCCCGCAGCCGACUUUCGCACUCCCAAGAUCUUGUACGGGUGCUGUUGACACCAGUACGGAUCGCGCGGUAGAGCCCAACGCUCCAGCUCUUCCACACCAACGGCACUCCCUCUUCUCCCCGCAUUUCGCAAAACUGUCCCGCUACGUGUUGGACAACCCCGCAAAUAGGGAAAUCCAGGAGACAGCAGGUAUUUUGACGCAGGUCGCAUUGAUGCACGAGGCGAUGCUGACGACCAGCCUGCAGACGCUCGCCGGUUUGUCGAUCUGUUGUGCGAAAACGCUCGAGUUGAUCAAUUUUCUCUUCGACAACGGUUACAAUAGGGGAAGCAACGAAGACGGAGAGGGAGAUGAGGUAAGGAAAAUUCGGCCUCUUGUUGAUGUUCCUUUCAGAUUUAAGAUUUGUUGCUGUGUCUCUGUUGACAUUUUUUGUAGUUGAUUCUGCAAAUGCGAAUGCAAUCUUAAUGUCUGUGAUCAGUCCGUGUCUAGACCUGGAGCAACUCAUCCAUUUUCUCGUGUUCAAAUGAAAUUCCCACACACACACUCUGGCUGGGGUGAGGAUCACCAUCUUCACGUACUAUAUUUUUUUUUGCAUUAACUCAACAGGGCGAGGGCAACCACGCCGACGAGUGGCAGGACGGUACUGGUUUGGGCGCAGGGGAGGGUGCCCGCGACAUCACGGAUCAAAUUGAGGACGAAGCGCAGCUGGAGGGCCUGAAAGGCGACGAAAACCCAGACGACUGCCCGCCGCCCGAGGAUGAAAAGGAUACCGCGAAAGAGGUACGAUUUGCGGUUGUGGUUUUUGCUUUGCAAAUGGCACCCUCACGUGUCGAGGACGUACUUUGUCCGCAUUAGAUGAUGCCGAGCGUCUUCAUGUUGUAGUUGAUAGAGAUGGUUGAAAUAACAACUACAAAGAGGACCACAACACGUUCUUGCACAUUGCAACUCGUUCGUCUAACCCUAGGAAAAUGAAAGUAAAGUACGUCGAUUCAUCUCUAAAACGAAACAGGUCGGCUUCGAUCUGGACGGGGAAGCCCAGAAGGCGCCUGAUAACGCAGAGGAGAAGGAGAACGAGGACGAGAACCCAGAAGACCAAGAAGAGCCGGAGCACGACCGUGAAAUGGGGGACGUGGAUCUUGAUGAUGGCGGGAAGCUCGACGACAAACUCUGGAACGGGGACGAAGAAGAGGAAGAUGAAACCAACACUGAUUCGAAAGAGGACAAAAAGGAGCAAAAAGAGGAUAUUCAGGCCGACGGGGGACAGGAGCAAGAGGGUGAGAAGGAACUGAAGGGCAAGGAGGAUGAGGAAAACAAAGACUCAGCUGCGGGGAAGGAGGAAAAAGACAAAAACCAGGAAAAGCCGGGCGAAGAGGAGGAAAAUGUAGAAGACUGUGAGGAGGAGCAGAACAAAAAUGACGAGCCUGCUGACAAAGGUGACGAAAACGACCCUGACGCCGCUGCUGACGAGGAUGAAACCCCCGACGAGCCGAACCGCUACGACGUGAAUAUGAAGGGAAACGAGAUCGAGGAGGAAGAUGAUGCUGGAGAAAAUGAGGAGCAGGACAAAGAUGGGCGAGAAGAUCAAAACGAAGAACAAAACCUUCCAGAACAGGAAAAUGCAGACAUGAGCGACGAAGGCGCGGAAAACGCGGACAAAAAGGACAUUGACGAGAACGACGGACUGUUGCAAGAGGACGAUGCUGAUGUUAACGACAAAGAGGGCGAAGAUGAGACGAAGGAGCUGGAUAACAACAGUCCGGACGACGAACAAGCUGCAGACGAAGAGAAGAACGAGGAAAAUGUUGACCCCGAAGAGGACAAAGAUCCUGAACCAGAUGAAACGAAAGAUGACCCAGCAGUUGUCCCCGAGAACUUCUCCGGCGAGGACGCGCUGAACAAGGGCGAGGACCAGGCGCCGGAAGAGGAGGAAAAGGAAAACAACCCCGAAAGCGACAACGAGCCGGAAAAGAAGGAUCCGAACCUGCAGAAGUCCGAGCACUGCGGGGAGUCGGGUGACCAGGGGGAGGCCGCUGCGAUUGAUGCAGACCAGAUGGACGAAGCCCCCGAUGGGGAUGACACCAACGACGCGCAGCAAGCCAACCCGCAGUCGGAGCAGCAGCAGGGGAAGUCGAGAAAUAACCAGCAGCAAACAGCGAACCAGCAAAAAAACGAACAACAGAAGAAGCAACAGAGGCCGGAGAAAAAUGACCAAAGCCAGACAGCGGAGGACAAAAAGAACGACUUGAGCUUGGAAGAGCGAAAGCUGCAGAAGAUGGACAUCGUGCAAAAUAACGAAGAAAAGGAGCCCGAUGCGGAUGAAAAACUGGGUUUGAAAGACGAGAAAGAGCAGCAUGAUAUGGAAGAGGAACAACUGCAAGACGGUUUACACGAAACGGACCCGAACGCGGAUCUCGAAGCGAUCGGCGAGGCGAAAGACAUCGACGAGCACCAGGACAUCGCGAAUCGCAUGAAAAAAGACGAGGAAAAGAAUAGCGAAAAUACAAACAUUCUUGAGGAAGACGAACCGGAAGAAGUCAAUCCCGAUGAUGAGGGUGACGAAAAUAAGCAGAAAAAGCAGAAGCAAAAAGAGGCUAAAGCGGUCGGAAAGGAAAAUAGCGAUGAUUUGGACGAAGACGAGUCACCUGACCGAAACAGGAAAAAUAACGCACGCAUUCUUCCCGACGCGGCGGACCUCCAAGAGGAGCGACUCCAGAACGAAACCGAUCUGCUCAAGGCGUUGGAAGAGGCAGAUGAAAAGAAAGAUUUGAUGCUAAACAACGCCGACAAGGAUAAUUCCUCUCAGCUGCAAGUGGAUUUGAAGAACCUGUCUGGCAAUAAUACAACAGACGCUUUUGAAGAUCAAAGUCUUUCGACAAACCAGGACCAAGAAAGCGACGACUUCCUGAACCAGCACCUGUCCGUGGACCAGGCCUUGAAACUGCUGGACCAAGACCGGCAGUUGAGGCUGGAGCGCAUGCAGAAGGGAACCUCCUCCGACAUCUUUCUCCAGAAACUGUACCAAACACUCGAGCAGGCGACCAGCAACCAGGCCGCCAACCUGGCAGAGCAGCUAAGAAUUCUGCUCGAGCCGACGAAGCGAGGGAAAUUGCAGGGCGAUUACAAGACGGGGAAGCGGUUGUCGAUGCGCAAAGUCAUUUCCUUCCUAGCGUCCAACUACCGGCGCGACAAAAUCUGGCUUCGCCGGACAAAGCCCAGCAAGCGGGAGUACCAGGUUUUGCUUGCCCUGGACAACAGUCAGAGCAUGAAAGACUGCGGGGUCGCUCCCCUGGCGUUGCAGGCCCUGGUGCUGAUUUGCUCGGCGCUGAGCAAGGCGGAAGUGGGUGACGUCGGGGUCCUGUCCUUUGGCGGCGACGCGCCGAGGCUGUUGUGCGGCUUCGAGCAGGAAAGACUCGGCGUCGCGGCGGCGAGGGCAUCAAAUGGAGGUGGAAGUAGCGCUGCUUCAAGCUCAGCUCCAUGUCUGCAUCAGUGUUCCUCGACAGCAGCACAUGGCGGCUCGACAAGUAGCGACAUCAGAAAUGAAGACAACUCGAACUACGCCGGCCACCCGCAUGACAGCAACAGCAACAGUCCUCUAGCAGUUGAGCAAUUAUCUCCCACGACGACCCCCUCCUCCCACAACAUUGGUGCCGCUUCGUUCACUUUCGAACAGGCCAAACCGCUGCUCCAGCACCUCACUUUCGACGAAGAAGCGAUCCGGUCGCACGAUAAGGGGUUGCCGGACCUGCUGAAAUACAGCAUGGAACUCUUCGAGCAAACUGGGGGGUCUUCCUGUAGUUCCAGUUGCAAGCAGAUCCUGUUGAUCGUUACCGACGGCCGGUUCAACAAGCACAUGGUACGGGCCCAGGUGCACCAGGCACUGUCCAGGCAAAUUCUGCCGCUGUUGAUCAUUGUGGACCCGAAAGACGAACAGCCGGCUGCAAGAAGGGAUGGCGAAGGUUUAGGCUCCUCAGCAGCAAAAGCGACACCAAGACCAGCAGCUCCUCCUGCUAAGCGCUCUACGUCCGUCUUCGACCUGAAAGGGGCCGACUACUCCACCGGGCAGUGCGUGAUCACGCCGUAUCUGCAGGACUUUCCGUUCCCCUUCUACGCCGUGGUUCGGGACCGGGACAGUUUGCCAGGGUUACUGGCAGAUGCACUCAGGCAGUGGAUUGAAGUGAGUAGUUGAGGCCGUGAGGACCGUGUAGGAGUUGUGUACUAGUAAAGCGAUCUGCGACUUUGACUCUGAAUCUGUGUAGCGUGAUUUCUUAUGUAAUGUUGUGUCGAGGAACAUGUACAUGAACGAGUCAGUGAUACUCGAACUCGCUUCGAGAAAAAAUGCAACAUGAUAUUUUUUAAACCGCGCAUGAAGUACUGCAUAC